UUCAGGUCACUUGAUUCUAAAUUAAUCUGCUUUUCAACAUCUUGAAGUGUGAAAUUUGCGAGAGAGCAAUGAUCACUGUACAUCUUUUUGAACAGAGAAUUAAGGAGGAUAAUUUUUGUUUUCUUCAUUUUAUAGAACAUUAUAAACACCACUGGUUCCCAGAAAAGCCAUGCAAGGGAUCAGGUUACCGAUGUAUCCGCAUCAACCAUAAAAUGGAUCCCCUCAUUGGACAGGCAGCACAGCGGAUUGGAUUGAGCAGUCAGGAACUGUUCCAGCUUCUUCCAAGCGAACUCACUCUAUGGGUUGACCCGUAUGAAGUGUCCUAUCGUAUUGGAGAGGAUGGCUCGAUCUGUGUGCUGUAUGAAGCUGCACCAGCAGGAGGUAGCCAAAAUAACACCAACAUGCAAAUGGUAGACAGCAGAAUAAGCUGUAAGGAGGAACUUCUCUUGGGCAGAACUAGCCCUUCCAAAAGCUACAAUAUGAUGACUGUAUCAGGUUAAGAUAUAGUCUGUGGAUGGAUCACCUUAAAAUGGAUGGAUAAAUUUGGUUUUUACUUUGGGUGGGCACCUCUGGGGAUGGAAUAUGGAAUUUAAACCAUGUCACAGCUGUGAAGAUCUGGCACACAUUAGAGUGGUAUACUUUAAAGUGACAGUGCCAUAGUUUGGACAGUACCUUUCAGUGAUUUAAUAGCCUGUGAGUCAAUGUGAUUGCAACUUGCUAGGGAGUUAAGAAGAUCUAGGAAGGGUCACUUUCUCCAAGACAUCUUACUUAAUUUCUACACCAAUUUUCAACCCCAAUCUAUCUGUAUUUAUAAAGUGAUUCUCUGCAGUAGGUCUUGCGGAGUAAAUUUGCACUAUUACAUUUAUUAAUUGUUAGCAUUUUUGGCAGCUCAGUAACAAGACUUACUGUUAUAAACACCAUAGUACUGGAAAUUUUAUUUUUCAGACUUUUACCUAGCACUUACAAAUAUGUAUAAAUGUACAUAAGAUAAACCAGUAAGUACGACCUGGGGAAAUGGUCAGAUCUUUACAUUGACCUCAAAAGUAGCAAGUGAUCAGAACCUGCCAUGGCAACAGGCUUUAAAAAGACCAUAUAAAGACACUGUCUGAACUGUGGUGUUCGCACCAGCCAGCUAUCUGUACAUUUGCUAGCUUGUAGUUUUCUAAGACUGAGUAAACUUCUUAUUUUUAGAAAGUGGAGGUCUGGUUUGUAAUUUCCUUGUUCUUAAUUGGGUAAAAGUCUUUUCCACAAACCACCAUCUAUUUUGUGAACUUUGUUAGUCAUCUUUUAUUUGGUAAAUUAUGAACUGGUGUAAAUUUGUACAGUUCAUGUAUAUUGAUUGUGGCAAAGUUGUACAGAUUUCUAUAUUUUGGAUGAGAAAUUUUUCUUCUCUCUAUAAUAAAUUGUUUCCUAUCUUGGCAUUUUAA